GCUGAUUAGAUAAGUUUAUCGCACGGGUACACAUCAAUCAUAAGUCAUUGUUCUUCUUUCGGACUAGCUAUAUAAAGAAGUCAGAAUUAUAAUUUGAACAUUCAACAUUCACCUUCCAUAGAAAGUACAUCUAGACUAAAGUAGUUAAUUUUUCACAAUGAUCAAAGGAUUCGUUCUCCUCGCACUUUUGGUGGCUGUUGCCAACUGUACCUACUACAAAGGUGGUUACGGUAAAGGAUACGGAGGUGGAUUCGGAGGUUAUGGUGGUGGAUACGGAGGUGGAUAUGGAGGUCUAGGUGGAUACGGAGGAGGAUACGGAGGUGGAUACGGAGGAAUCGGAGGUUAUGGAGGUGGAUACGGAGGAAUCGGAGGUUACGGAGGCGGAUACGGAGGACUUGGUGGAUAUGGAGGUCUAGGUGGAUACGGAGGAGGAUACGGGGGACUCGGUGGAUACGGAGGUGGAUACGGAGGAAUCGGAGGUUAUGGAGGUGGAUACGGAGGAAUCGGAGGUUACGGAGGCGGAUACGGAGGACUUGGUGGAUACGGAGGUGGAUUCGGUGGUUACGGAGGUGGUUACGGAAAAGGAUACGGAAAGGGACUGUACUAGACAACAUUUUGGUGGAACUUAUUGAAUAAAAUGUGAAUUCCAAAACCCAAAAGCCAGGACUAGGGAAAACAAAUGAAAACCGACCAAAUGCCAAAGACGUGACAAAAAAAACCCGACGUGGACACUUUCAUUUAUCAUUGCAUUUGCCAUUGUAAAUAAAACAUUUAUAACUUU